UAAAUCCACGGCUAGGAAUCUCAGACCCACUCAAUGAUUUUUCAGACUACACUGGAAUAAAAAAACACUCAUGUUAACAUUGCAAGUACAUAUAUGUAUGUACACAACCCACUAUCCAGGAAGACAAGAAAUCAAGAAAGAUCACCUCUAGAGAGACAGAGAGAGAGAGAGAGAAGGGGAAGAAGCACCAUGGCUUCAUUGGGUGUUGUCCCUUUUAUUUUUGUGCUACUCAUUGUUGAGUGUUCUGCAAGGCCUUUCUAUCCACUCCCUAGCAAAGUGGAACAUAAGACUAGACAGCCUCUGCAGACUUUUCGCCCAUACAACAUUGCACAUCGAGGUUCAAACGGAGAGAUUCCUGAAGAAACCACUGCUGCAUACAAGAAAGCUAUUGAAGAGGGUGCAGAUUUCAUAGAAACAGAUAUCCUAUCCUCCAAAGAUGGUGUUCUUAUGUGCUUCCAUGACGUAACUCUUGAUGAUACAACUGAUAUAGCAGAACAUAAGGAGUUUGCAAAUCGUAAGAGGAGCUAUGAUGUCCAAGAUGCCAACACAACUGGUUAUUUCAUUGUUGAUUUCACACUGAAAGAACUAAAGUCGUUGCGGGUGAAGCAGAGAUACCCCUUUCGGGAUCAACAAUAUAAUGGAAGAUUUCAAAUCAUCACUUUUGAGGAGUACAUUUCAAUUGCUUUAGAUGCAUCAAGAGUUGUCGGAAUAUAUCCAGAGAUUAAAAAUCCGGUAUUUAUCAACCAGCAUGUGAAAUGGCCAGGUGGUAAAAGAUUUGAGGACAAAUUUGUGGAGAUGCUUAAGAAGUACGGAUAUAAAGGUUCAUAUAUGUCGAAAGAUUGGUUGAGACAGCCUGCAUUUAUCCAGUCAUUUGCUCCAACAUCACUUACUUAUGUCUCAAACCAGACUGAUCUGCCCAAAAUCUUCUUAAUUGAUGAUGUUACAGUACCAACCCAGGACACAAAUCAGUCAUAUUGGGAAAUCACUUCAGAUGCUUACCUCGACUACAUUAAGGAAUAUGUAGUGGGAAUCGGACCUUGGAAAGAUACAGUGGUUCCUGUUGUGAAUAAUUAUUUGCAGACACCAACCGAUCUUGUCACCAGAGCGCAUGCUCAUGACCUACAGGUGCACCCAUACACGUACCGGAAUGAGAACAUGUUCUUACACUACAACUUUAGUCAAGACCCUUACAUCGAAUAUGAGUACUGGACAAACAAGAUAGGAGUCGAUGGACUCUUUACAGAUUUCACCGGCAGCCUCCAUAUGUUUCAGGAAUGGAACUCCCCUCUCUCGUUGGAUGACAAAGAUGAAUCUGCUCUAUUGCAUAAGAUUGCAUUGAUGCUUUCGUAGUAUAGAAAGAAAUGAGAUAUAGUUCGUUGUAUUUUUUAUUAUGUAUUGAACAUUUGUUGUUCAAUUUAACUGCAAAUAUUGUAUUCAUUUAACUGCAAAAUUUGGAUCUUUGAUACUAAUUGAUUACUGCUAACAAAUAUUGCAUGCAUUUAACUGCAAAAUUCAUUCAGGUCCAGAAAAUUCAACUGCAGCGAAAGCUCCUACAAGAGUGAUAGAUACUGGAAAAUCAGUUGAUCCUGGUAAUUACCGCCCAGAGCCUUCAUUCAAUUUUGGGACAACGGCGAAUGAAAACUGGCUUAUCUUGGAAAUUAUCGCUCAGCACCAGGGAUCAUGUUGGAGAAAAUACCGAAUGGAAAAACAAUCAAUCCCACCAAUUCUCACCCCUGGGAUUUCGCAGUCUUACUUAGGAAGAGAGCAAAUGAAAAAAUGG